AUGGCCGGACACCUGGCUUCGGACUUUGCCUUCUCGCCCCCGCCGGGUGGUGGUAGUGGUGGGUCAGGAGGGCUGGAGCCGGGCUGGGUGGACCCUCGGACCUGGCUAAGCUUCCAAGGCCCUCCUGGUGGGCCAGGAAUCGGGCCCGGGGUUGGACCAGGCCCGGAGGUAUGGGGGCUCUCCCCAUGCCCUUCUCCUUAUGAGUUCUGUGGCGGGAUGGCAUACUGUGGACCUCAGGUUGGAGUGGGCCUGAUGCCCCAGGUUGGCUUGGAAAACUUGCAGCCCGAGGGCGAGGCAGGAGCCGGGGUGGAGAGCAACUCAGAGGGGGCCUCCCCGGGGCCCUGCCCUCCCCACCCCGGUGCGGUGAAGGUGGAGGUGGAGAACCUGGAGUCAAACCCGGAGGAGUCCCAGGAUGUGAAAGCUCUUCAGAAAGAACUGGAACAAUUUGCCAAGCUUCUGAAGCAGAAGAGGAUCACACUGGGGUACACCCAGGCCGAUGUGGGGCUCACCCUGGGGGUUCUUUUUGGAAAGGUGUUCAGCCAGACGACCAUCUGCCGCUUUGAGGCUCUGCAGCUCAGUUUCAAGAACAUGUGUAAGCUACGACCCCUGCUGCAAAAGUGGGUGGAGGAAGCUGACAACAAUGAAAACCUUCAGGAGAUAUGCAAGGCGGAGACCCUGGUACAGGCCCGGAAGAGAAAGAGAACAAGUAUCGAGAACCGAGUCAAAGGAAACCUGGAGAGCAUGUUCCUGCAGUGCCCGAAGCCCACCCUGCAGCAGAUCAGCCUCAUAGCUGAGCAGCUGGGGCUGGAGAAGGAUGUGGUCCGAGUGUGGUUCUGCAACCGGCGCCAGAAGGGCAAGCGCUCAAGCAGUGACUAUGCCCAGCGAGAAGAGUUCGAGGCUGCAGGGUCUCCUUUCCCAGGGGGGCCUGUAUCCUUCCCUCUGGCCCCAGGGCCCCAUUUUGGUACUCCUGGCUAUGGGUACCCCACACUCUACUCCUCUGUCCCUUUCCCAGAGGGUGAAGCUUUACCCUCUGUUCCUGUUACUGCUCUGGGUUCUCCCAUGCAUUCAAACUGAGGUGUCUGCCCUGCCCACGG